AUGCGCCUAGCUGACCCUCUAUUACAACGCGGUGUCAAGGUGUUUGACAUUUCGUUCUGGCGCAGUACUCCGACUGAGAAGCUCCACCGGUUGGGUCGUGAAGUUCACUAUCCUCCCGUGAUCGAUGUUCUCGACCCAUGCAUUCUUCUCGCUCAUCAAGGCAUGGUUGAGGAUUUAUUCAUGGGUGAUAUGCGCUUGCGCGGCAGGGAAGUCCUUCGGAAUGUUUUCUUUGAAUCUUACGAGCAACUGUCAACCAAGAUUGGCCAGUCUGCUCUCCAGGUCAAUUAUAAGGGCGUUGGUAGCGAUGACGUCCAACCGCUUCUAGCAGAGUAUCUUGUUGGAUGCGACGGUGCACACUCCCGAGUUCGUAAAGCCAUUCCCGGAGUUGAAGCCGUCGGUGUCUCACAGCCUGCCAUCUGGGGUGUCCUCGAUGGCGAGCUUAUCACAGAUUUUCCAGAUAUUUGGUCCAAAACUCUGGUCUACUCAGAAGAGCAUGGGUCAAUUCUGAUUGUCCCACGCGAACGCAACAUGACCCGUCUCUACAUUGAGCUCAAAACGUGCCAAACACCAACCGCGCUUGCCGACCUUGCUAGAGGCGAUGACCUCGGUCAAUCAUUUGUCAUGGAACAAGCUCGCAAAAUUAUGGCACCUUUCCAUAUCGACUGGAGCUGUAUUGAAUGGUUUGGUCGCUAUCAAGUCGGACAGCGUUUAGCAAGUCGUUUCAGUGAUGAGUCGGCUACUGUCUUCCUUGCAGGCGACGCCAGCCACACGCAUUCUCCCAAGUCAGCACAGGGCAUGAACACGGCAAUGCACGACUCUUGGAAUCUGGCAUGGAAGCUCAACCUCGCCGCUCGAGGCUUCGCACGUCCAGAGCUCAUGGCCAGCUACGAAGAAGAACGCCGCAAGGUCGCUCUUGAUCUCGUCAACUUUGACUAUGAACAUGCCAACCAAAUUGCCAAUGGUGACGCUGUGGCACUAGCCAAAAACUUUUUGUUCAACGUCCGCUUCAUUUCUGGGAUUGGUGCCGAGUAUGGCCCCAGCAUCCUCACGCAGCCAUCUGUCAUCCAUGACGAAGCAGCGUUUCCAUGCCCCGAAGCGGCACGCCCAGGAAGCAUUCUGCCACCUGCAAAGGUCACUCGUUACAUUGACGCCAACCCCGUAGACAUCCAGCUUGACAUCCCCAUGAUGGGCCAAUUCCGCAUAUAUCUCUUCGCGUGGGACGUGUUCCAAUCCGCCACCUUUCUGGAAUCAUUCUGCAACUCCAUAUCCUCCCGCACUUCGUUUGUGAAUGCAUUGUCUGCUGCAGCGACGAGUUCGUACGCCCGCCAACCCAGAUCCUCAGUCCCUGAAGACGUAUACACUCGUCCUGAGCGCUACGUCAAAGCUAGCGAGCUGUUCACGUUUGCCCUCAUUACAACCAUGCCGAAGUCGGCGUUUGAGAUUUCAGACCUACCCUUUCUGCUGCAGGAAAGCCGCUGGACGUUGUACCUAGACAAUGUCCCAGAGCAGGAUACACGCGGUGUGCGUUGUACAGAAAAAUGGCUGGGACGCCUGGCACCAGGCGAGGUCGCCAUCAUUACCGUCCGACCAGACGGCUAUGUUGGUUCCGUCGGGCGCUGGGACGCUGGACUCGACGAAUCUGGUGCGAACGCCGCCAGGUGGCUUGACGAAUAUUAUGGUGGAUUCCUCAAGCUACCAGACGAGUCCUCAACGUCAUGA